CACACACACACACACACACACACACGCGAAAACACACAAACGGCCACCAGCGCCCACCGCACACACACACACACACAAAGUGUUUCCUUUCCUUUUACUCCUUCUUCAGGAGUUUCGUUUGAAGCCGCAGUCCGGCGGUGUUCGCGGUGUCGCCGACAGGUCGGAGAACUGAACUUCUUCCCGAGGCGCUCCAGAAUCUCUGUUGAAAGUUGGAUUACAGCGCAGCGACCUGAACUGAGAGGGAAUAAAGCUGCUCAGAGGAUGAGCAUUUGGGAUAUCAGCGGAGCUCAGUGCUGUCAACGGCUGUGUGGCGCGUGUAGAUAAGCCCCUUAUGAGGUGAAAAGCCCUCCCAGCACCACCAGCAGGAAUAAAGGAUGUCACGGCUGUUCCUCUUUUUGGCAGUCCUCAUCGUCUCGUGCAGCAUCCAGAUGUCUCUUGCUGCUACCCUGGAUAAAAUGAAGGACGACUGGAAGCGGUAUAGGACAGAAUGUGAAUACAACAACAGUCAAUACCCGCCCAGCAGUGGUCUUGUGUGCAACAGGACGUUUGACGACUAUGCCUGCUGGCCCGAUGGAUUCCCCAACACCACCGUCAGUGUGGAGUGCCCAUGGUAUUUGCCGUGGUACCAUAAAGUUCAACAUGGCAUGGUGUAUCAGGACUGUGAUGCCAAUGGCCAGUGGGUGACUAAGUACAAUACCACCGAGUGUGAAAUCCAUAGCACAAACCAGAUUUAUUACAGAUGUAUCCGGAUCAUGUACACGGUGGGCUACUCCUUGUCCUUGGUGGCGCUGGUACUGGCCCUUGGUAUUCUUAUAUUUUUCAGAAAACUUCACUGCAUGAGGAACAACAUCCACAUGAACCUGUUUGCUUCCUUCAUCCUGCGAGCCCUUUCGGUCCUAAUCAAAGAUGCUCUGCUGGAGGCCAACUUCACAUCGCAAAAGAUCAGCGGAGACAGGGACCAGGGGUUCCCCAGUGUAUCGAUACCCCCAGUGGAGCUGCUGACCACAAUUAGCUGCCGCACUGCCUUGGUGAUGAUGCAGUACAGCAUCAUGGCCAACAGCUACUGGCUGCUGGUGGAAGGCAUCUACCUCCACAACCUGCUGGUCAUUACCGUGUUCACGGAGAGGAACUACUUCAAAAUCUACCUGUGCAUCGGUUGGGGAACACCAUUAAUAUUCCUUGUUCCCUGGGCAGUCUCUAAGUAUUUAUAUGAAAAUAAAGAGUGCUGGGAGCAGAACACAGACAUGAAUAUCUGGUGGAUAAUCCGAGCGCCGAUACUGCUUGGCGUUGUGAUCAACUUUAUUAUCUUUAUACAUAUCAUCAAAAUCCUUGUCUCGAAACUUCGAGCACACCAAAUGAGAUACACAGAUUAUAAAGUCAGGUUGGCGAAAUCAACUUUAACGCUGAUCCCUCUUCUGGGUAUCCAUCAGAUUGUCUUCAUCUUCCUGCCAGAGGAGACCACCAACAAGAGCUUGCAUUUACAUCUCACUAAGCUCUUCAUCGACCUCUUUUUCUCCUCCUUCCAGGGUCUCCUGGUGGCGAUCUUGUACUGUUUUGUCAACAAAGAAGUGCAAUCUGAGAUCCUGAAAAAGUGGAAGCGCUGGAAGCUGGGGAGGAACAUCGAGGAGGAAUACCGCCACACCUACAGCAAUUCCAACAACACCAAGACGGGCAGCCUGCUGAACCACAUCCCUCGGCUUCCCCACCUCCCGGACAUCGCCAAAUCUUCCGGCCCAGUCUGCAGUCCCGAAGAGCAAACGUGGCUCGUGGCUCGCUGCCACAACGGGACGGUCCACGGCAAGGAGACGGAAAACUCCGGCUCGCAGCAGAACGAAGGAACCAGCAACUGCACCCUUGUGGAGGACAUCAGUCAGUCGGAGAAGACGCAGUGCUACGAGGUGCAGAGAGAGAAUGUUGAGAGCCACCUCUGAAAGAAACGAGGAGAAAAGGACUUUUAGGAAGGAAGUUAGAUGGCUUUGAGCUCCGCUGGAGCUCUGACUGAAAGCCCUAGUUGGGUUUUGAAGCGGUGUGCCGACUGAAUCACUCGUGGGAGCAGUCGUCAGUCAUCAGUGUCGCCGGGAGACGCGGCAGCUCUAAGCCCUGUAACAUGACAGCAGUAUGGCAGAUGUCCAGACCAGGAUGCUCGGUGUGCUGCGAGUCUUGUGAAUGGAUUGUUCUCGAUGUUUUGUCAUUUUAAUAAUAUGGAGCUGCUGCCCGUUGAACAACUUCACAAACAAUAUCAAGAAAACACAAAUAACUACAAUAGAAAUACAACAAAAAAAAAAGAAAACACACCAAGUCCUGGCGUGAGUCUCUGCUUCAGUGUUUGCCGUCUGACAAAUGUGUGUUUUGUGGUACAACAAACUGGACAUUGGACUUGCGCACACAAUAAACAAGACCAAAUGACACAGAACAAGGACAGAAGGGAUUGCUUUUUUGUACUCUAUAUGCUCUGCUCUGGUGCGUGUACAUCGCUAUCUUGUUCAUACAGAUUUUAAUGAAACUGUACAGAGAAAGGAAGAAAAAAAAACAUUCUGGUGACUUUACAGUGAGGAAACCACAGAGUUAUUGUGGAUGGGAAAAAGGCAGCUGUUCACCCCAGGUCCUACCCGGCGUAGGAAACAAAAUAAGGUCGAGGUAUAAAGAACUAAACGAAUGACGUUGCUAUUCUUUUGGUAUUGCCGAGUGUUACAGUUUUAUAUUGGUCACAGUUGUGAAAGUAUCAAUACCCCUUUUCCACAUUUGUUUGCAUUACAAAAACACAAAUUUUGAUGCAUUCUGUUGGAAUUUUAUGUAAAAGACAAACAGAAAGAAGCACAUUAUAGGCAAGCUAAAGACAGAAUAUUUAAGGUUUUUAUCUUUGUUUUAAAAAUAUUAAUCUGAAAAGAGUGGUACGUAUUUAUAUCCAUGCCACUGUCAUUAUAUUUUAGCUACUCUAAGAUUUUCUUCCGGCAUUGCCCUUUAGAAAUAUUCCUUUAGGUGCUCCGCUUUGCUUUAACAAUCAAAUCUGACUUGCUUCUGUCUUUUCUUAAAAUGUUGUCGAAAUACCUCAGAUUUAGAUGAAUCUGUUUAAAGAAUAUAAUUCCUAUACAAGUCUUGGUCUUUGUCUGUUGCUUAGAGACCAAGUCUUUCCUUCUUGUACGCCUAUCAUUGAAGUUAACUCUGAUUGUUCAGUUUAUUUUUGAGACUUCUUUUAGCUUUCUGCUUUCAGGGUGAACUUGCUUCGGUGAGUAGAGGUCUGCGUUCUGGCAGGUGUUUUAAAUAUCCUCCAUGUAUAGACUGCUUUCUGGAAAGCGGAAUGGCUUAUUUUAUUCUUUUGAGAGCUCUUUAAAGUCAGUAUAAGAUUCAUAAGAUCCUCCAAUAUUCAUUUGAAAGGUUGCAGACAGCUCUUUAGAUCCAACCAUGCUGUUCAACUCUCAGUUCAGCGGUCGAAAGCUCACCGAGCUAAAUGUCUGAGGUUUAAAAAAAUACAAAACGCCUUCAAAACGCUGACUAACUGCGAUAAGCUUAUGUGUACAUUUAGUCUUUAAAAACAGGAAUUUAUGUGGGGUGUCCUAAUUUAUUUCUCAAUACAUUUGUGAUUCUUAUUAACAUUUAACAGAAAAAUUCAGUGGAUGGAUCUUUCUAAAGGCGAUGUAGCACUGGAUUUUAUUCAUGGUUAUCAGAUUAGAGGAAAUUAAAGGUGAAGAACACAAAUUUCAGAUUUUUUUUUUAAUUCUCAAAAUUAAAAGACAAUUUUGGUUGAUUUGCCACAUAAAAAUAUCAGUAAACAGACUGAGGUUUGUGCUUUUAAUACAAUAUGUUAAAAAAAAAAGUCAAAGGGGUAAGACUGUUUUUGCAAGGCAACGUAUACUGUAUGUAGAAAAAGUGCCAACCAUGUGCCGCUAUAAUCAAUGCAAAAAACAAACCAACAAGCAACCGAGUCAGAUUUCCACAUUUCCAUCACUUCAUAAUGGAUCAGUGUUACUCAAAGUGACCCAGCACCUCCAAAACAGUGUGUUUGCAGUAUUACUUUGCCAAUUUAGCAGAUAUGCAGAGCUACAACUACCAACUUGUGAGAAUCAUUCACAAAGUGUUAACGUACGCCAUAAAGUGACAUCAGAUACCGUACAAAUGUGAGUCAGAAGGUGCUAGUGAUUACAGGCGCCAUAGUGUUUACCAUGCAACCACAUCCUGAACAACAGUUGUGUGAAAGCAGAACAAAGCUUCUCCAGUUAGCUUUUAGACGCUAAUGUUAGCGGUUCAGUUGCUUGUAGAUAAAAAGCGAUGGCCACUCACAGAGCAUUGAGCUCCUAGCAGAUCUGCGUGAGCUACCUAACAUGAUUUUUGUAUGAAUGGCUAAUUGCGCAGUGUUCAUUUAUAACAGCUAAAUGUUAUAUGCACAUACGCAAGUGUUUAUAUGCAUAAUUUAGCCUUCUUGUGAAUGUGUGUUUAUACAGGGUAUGAAUACUUUUGACGUUAUUAUUCCAGAUAUGUGGAUGUAUUACACUAGGAGGAAAAGUACGUCAGGUAAACAGAGGAGCACAGAGGUCAAAGGCCAGUACAAAUCAGUCCCACUCUGGCAUUAAGCAGAACGGGACCACAGGACAUUCCCAGAAUUCAUGUUGAUAUAGUUCGUAAAGAAGAAAGAGCUCUGUCCUUUGUUUCAAAGCACCGAUGGACCUCAGAGCAAAUUCGAGCACUACAGCAACAUUUUUGUUGUGUCAGAUAAUUGUUCUGCUCCCAGCCACUUUCUACCGUUGAGUGGGUAGAAAAAAAAAAAUGCAUGCGGAAGCUAUUUUCCAUCAGCAUCUGCCGAGGGUUGUCACAGAGCAAGUAGACAUCCAAUAAUUGAGCUGGGAGCACGGUGCUCACACGGGUGCUGCAGAAGUGGAGGGAAAUGCUUGCACACUCAAAACAAAUGAGUAAUGGCUGGUUUUGGCAAAAACAGAUGCAUACUGCUAUUUUUAUUUCAAAGUAAAAAUCUGCAAUUUAACAAACUCUGACUUGUAAAGAUAGGUUUGGGUCAUUCCUCCUCUGCGUCUGAAUGUAUUCGUGGAAAGGCUCAAGUUAAUAUGUUCCUUUACUCUUCUAGUCACGGUGGUUAUGUAAAGUAUGAACGGGUCAGUGGAAGCUGAUCACAUUCAGGUGUAAACAGUCUGUCAUAUAUUGUAUUAUAUCUGUACAAGUGGUCAAAGAAUAAAAUUUUAUGUAUGUGAAAUAU